AUGAGCGAUGUCAAAGAUGAAAUAGAGAAAAAGAUGAAUGAGGGAAGAAUUGUCCAACAAUUAUUAGAUGAGGCAGAAACCACACUCGAAAGAUUACCAUUCGAAAGUCCAAGUCGAUUAUUUAGAAUAUUAGCCAAAGCUCCCCUACCGCCUUCACAAUUUGAACGAGACUGGAAGGAACAGAAACGAAAACGGAAAGAGCAAGAACGAGAGGGACUUCAGCCCGUCCAUGAUAUACCCACAGCAUUAGUGUCAAGCACAAACGUCAACGCUGAGACGAGUACCUCUUAUACCCAUGUACACAAAACAUCCACCAUGACGAAUUCUGUCGUCGAACCCAAAUCAAAACGGCCACGAUUCACUAACGAGCAGAUGGAACGAGCACUAGCGAGAGAACCCAUUAGGGUCAAUUUCUUUCCUCGAUAUGAACGUAAAAGCAAAUAUGAUCUAGACGAUACCCUGUCACAAAUUAGUUACCAUUCGACGAAAAGUUAUCGUCGAUUUGAUGAUGAUUUUUACAGUACAUCAAGUGCCUCCCUUCCUUCAAUAAAAAGUCGAAAAAGCAACCUCCAUGCACAGCAGAAAGAAAAGCAAGAGCCAGUACAGCAAAAGAAAGAAAAAGAACCUCCGCGUGAGGUUGCAGUUGAAAAAAAAGUGGAGAAUUUGGAUGAUGAUGAUGCUCUAUCCUUGAAUACCCAACAGAUGCUUUUAGAAGAGGAUCUACACAGCCCUCUUAUUGAGCGUCCAAUAGAUGAACCGUUGAUACAGCAACAGCCAACAGUAGUAGUGGAAGAAGAAGAAGAAGAAGAAGACAAGGCAGCCAAGAUGAAAGUGCAAGAAGAGCAAGGGAAAGAUGAGACGGAAGAACCCUCGAUGGAUGCUUCCAAUGACAAUGAUUACUUUGAUGGAGGAGCCGAUUUCGAUUUGUUGUCGCCGCCCAGUUCAGCCUUACGUUCACCACUACCGAAUCAACCGUCCUUAACAGCCUCUGAUUCAACACAGCAGCAACAACAACAACAACAGGAACAAGAAGAGUUGCAAGAAGGAAUACAAAAAUUGAGGACAGGACCUAGAGUGAUACCAGGAGAUACAAUAGUAAGAAGGUUGAUGAGAGAACGUGCUUCUGAGAGUAAAGAUUUGAUCCCCAUUGCCAAAACCAAAAAACUUUUUGAAAGUUAUAUCGGCAUGGACAAGCAUGUGGGAGGGCCAGCGGCUCAUUAUAGUAGAAUUACGAGUCUUUACUUUGAUACCAUCUGCCAUACUUUGAAACGAUACAAAGAGAACCAGGACGAAGAUCAAGAUACUGUUACAGAAAAAGACGUCAUUUUCCUCAUGCAACAGCAAGGUCUCAUCAAUGAAAAAACGUCCUUUGAAUCCUUGAUACACAAAUUACCAAGAGAAUAUUCAGAACUCGUAUCUCAGUCAGCAUUAGCCUACAAUGAAUUAUACCCUCCAUCUUUAGUAUCUGAUUAUGGAUCUGUUACGAGUGAAGGUGCCAGCAGUAGUAGCAGCAGUAAUCGUCGUGGCGCUAGAAGUAGGAAUAGUGACAGUGGCUAUAUUGACGAUAGUGAUUCAAACUAUAUAUCAGAGAAUGGGGUAGAUGAGGAUGAUUAA